AAAGUACAACAUUGAAUAUUACGCCUAUCUCCAAAAAGUAUAGUACACAAAACAUGAUCGCUUUUCAGAAAGGUAAUUCUUCGUCUUCCAAUACAGUUACAAAUACACAAAAUGUACUACCUUCAACAAGUAACCAUCAAGAAUCAAAUAUUCAGAGUAUACAAGUUUCAUACUUAACCAGUGAUGCAACAAAUACACCUGCAAGUGUAUCUCCUUUAGUUAACGGCAAUGAACAACAUCUGAAUUUUCAGAAACUCAUUUUGAAAUAUUUAACUUCUUUAAAAGUUGAAGUUUCUAACAUUUCUGAUACUCAACAAGAGAUUAUUAAGAUGAUUAAUGAUAUCCAAAACAGAACUUCAACUCAAGUAGAUGAUUCAUGGGCCCAUGAGGUUGACUAUUUUGUUUCAAGUUGGCCAAUAUCUGACCAAGAUGGUCUCAAUGAUAUGGAAAAUAAAAUUAAGAGUGAUUUUAAUUUUCGAAAACAAGUUGUAAGUGAACUGGCUAGGAUUGGAGGCAAGUCAUUACCAAACAUGAUAUAUAAAAUUCUAAAAAAAGUUUUUGAUGAUAGCGUUUUACUUGAAUUCACAUAUGGCUUGAGAAAUAAGGAUAAUUUUUCUUUACUGGCUAUAAACAAAGUAAUUAUUGAAGCAGUAUUGAAAUCAAAAUUCAAAAAUCAUUCAAAUGAUGAGAUCAUUACAGCCAUUAGUAAAUGGCUAACUGGGGCAAAAGGCAGAAUUUUAAAAAAAUAA